UUAAUAAAGCCACCAAGCCACCAAAUAAAAUUCCAAAGACAGAAUGCAGAGGUUCAACAUUUUAUAUUUUACUGAUGAAACUUCGUAACAAUUAACAGAAGACUUUUUCAGCCCUUGUUUCCCUUUUCAACUUCCGUAUCUACUACACGAGCAACGAUUAAACUGCGUCAUAUUGUAAAACUGUGCAGACUGUUUAAGUCGUGAUCCUGCUCUCAGACAAAACAAAUAAUGGCGUCCCGGUGCUGGAUGGCAGUGGUUCUGACUGUGCUUCUGACUGAACACAUCCUGGCUGUGGACCAGAACAGACUGGCUGACAUUGUUAAUGGCAUCUUGAGACAGUAUGGAACCCAAGGGAUGUUCAGUCUGGCUGUAACCAUCCCAGAGAACCAAAACCUCAACAUCAACCAGGUGCUUCAGCAGGUUUUUCAAAGUGACCCUGCGGCAAAUGUCAGGAACAAGCUCAACAACAAUGAGGUUUACAUUGGCAACAGGGUGGUGGCAGCCAAACGUUACACACAGUCUUUUGGCACGGAUCAUGCAGAGUCACGUGUCGUGGAUCAUCUCAGCCAAAUCUUUAACAACAGCACCCAAAAUGAUCUGUUGUUUUUCUAUGUCUUUGCCUCCCCAUGUGUUGAGAAGUGUUCAAGUAGCACACACAGGCAGAACAUUCUUGGAAGGAUACAGUCUAUCCGUAGAUGGAGAGACUGGGCUUUUGUGUUUUCCGUUAUAUUCAGACCCAACAAUGCGCCAGAAAACACAGAGGAACAACGACAAGCAGCUCUUCAGCGUCUUGGAAACUCUGUUGACCUCAACAAGAUCUUCAGAUGUUAUGGACGUCAGUGCACCAGCUGCUACAGUAAUGGGCAGGUUGCACAGUACUGUAUUUCAGAUUAAGAUUGGUCCAAGUCAGUGGGUAAAGGUGCUGCUUCUGCGCCGACCCACAUUAUUUUAGCUUGUAAUGCUUCUGCUGCCUGCAUCAUUAUUAUUAAAUAGUGUAUGAUAUGUGGCUGUUUGGCACAGUAGUUAGUGCCUUGUGCUCCUGUUGCCCAGGUUGCAGGUUCAGUCAGACAUUUGGCAGAAAAUGAAUAAAUAAAAAUUGUUUCAAUAUACUAAUUCAGUCCACUGAUAUUUGAUCUUAUAUUGUGUAAUGCAUUUAUCAAGUAAUUCUUAAAUUUAAAAAAAAACAUUUGAACUAUGUCAUUUCACUAUACUGUAUAAUUUUGAUGUCAAUGAUCUAAUUAAAAGUUGCUUCUUCA